AACACUGUUGGGUUUUUUUUCGUGUGGAGACACUGGCGUCUGCGAUUUUUGUCAAUCAUUUGCCAGCAGAAAAUAUAUAAAAACUCAGAGAAAAAUGGCAGCGCACGGCGACUUGAUUGCACAAUUCAUAGAGAUCACCGGAACAGACGAGAAUGUGGCCCGGUUCUAUCUGUCUAGCUGCGACUGGGACAUAGAGCACGCUCUGGGAAACUACUGGAGUACCCAGGCGGACCUGCCGGUUCCGCCUGCGUCAGUGGGACACGCGGACAAUCCAAGACCGAAGGCGACUCCGAGUAGUGGAGCAAGCGCCGGCCCCGCCGGAGCUGUCAAAACUACUGAAACAGCUAAAACUACUGACGCAACCGCAUCUUCUUCAGCUUCAGUUGACGUCGCACCGACUGCGUCCAAGGCCAAGCCAAAAUUCGCCACACUAAGCGACAUGUCCAAAGAGCCAUCCAGCGACGAUGACCAGCAGGCCUUUUACGCCGGUGGCUCAGAUCGUUCCGGUCAACAGGUCUUGGGCCCGCCGAAACGAAAGAAUUUCCGCGAGCAGCUAACCGACAUGAUGCGCUCUGCGCAGGAGCAAAAUAUCGCGGAGGUGGGCCCAUCUACCAGCAGCGGAGGUGGCGGUGGAGGAGCUGGAGGCACUGUCUGGGGCCAGGGCAUGCGGCUGGGCAUGACCGAUAACGAUCACACUGCUGUGGGUACCAAUAAACCUCCGCCGUCCAGUGAAAACAAGCCGGUGGUGGUGCUGAAGCUCUGGAGCCAGGGAUUCUCCAUCGAUGGCGGCGAGCUGCGUCACUAUGACGAUCCCCAAAACAAGGAGUUCCUAGAGACUGUCAUGCGCGGAGAAAUUCCGCAAGAGCUGCUAGAGAUGGGCCGCAUGGUCAAUGUAGACGUAGAGGACCACCGACACGAGGACUUCAAGCGCCAGGCGGCUCCACAGACAUUCAAGGGAUCCGGUCAGAAGCUCGGCAGUCCCGUGGCCAAUGUAGUUACUGAAGCGCCAGCAGCUUCUGCGGCAGUAUCGCCCGCCGAGGCAGCCAACCAGGAGGCGAGUGCUCGCGAUGCCAUCAACUUGAAUUCCGAAGCACCGUCCACCACGCUGCAGAUUAGACUAGCGGAUGGUUCGCGUCUAGCUGCGCAGUUUAAUUUGACGCAUACUGUCUCUGAUAUACGUCGAUUUAUACAAACCGCACGCCCUCAGUACUCAGCCAGUAACUUCGUUCUGGUGUCCUCGUUUCCCACUCGCGAGCUGAGCGACGACAAUUCCACCAUAGAGAAGGCUGGCCUCAAGAACGCGGCUCUCAUGCAGCGCCUCAAGUAACUCUAAGUUAAGUACUCGUGAAGGCUCCCAGCGGGAGGGAGCGACAACCUAUGAAAUAAAAUUGGAUUGGUGAAGUCGGGGAUCCUAUAUGGCCGAAUCCGAUGUCUAUAAUUGUCUAUUAUAUAUACAAUAUACCAAAAUUGUGUGCUUA